UGGGAGCUAGUGCGCAUGCGCCGCCUCCUCUGCCGCGCUCGCAAACAUGGCGGCGCGAGCCCUGGGGUCGGUCCGGUGGCCGCUCCGGCGCCUCCUGGCCUCGGGUGCCGGGUCCAGUGGCAGAGCAUGGCUGCACCCUUUCAGCACCGCCACCCAGAGAACUGCUGGUGAGGACUGCAGUUCGGAAGACCCUCCUGAUGAGCUUGGUCCUUCUCUUGCAGAACGAGCCUUAAAGCUAAAAGCUGUUAAGCUGGAGAAGGAAGUACAGGAUUUGACAAUAAAGUACCAGAGAGCUGUAGCUGAUGGUGAAAACAUCAGAAGGCGAACCCAGAGAUGUGUGGAGGAUGCCAAGAUAUUUGGAAUCCAGAGUUUCUGUAAGGACUUGGUGGAGGUGGCCGACCUUCUGGAGAAGACCACAGAGUGCCUCUCUGCAGAAGCAGAGCCUGGGGACCAGAAGCCCACCCUGGAGAAGAUCUUCCAAGGCUUGUCCCUUCUAGAAGCAAAGCUGAAGAGCGUAUUCGCCAAGCAUGGCCUUGAGAAGAUGAGCCCCGUGGGCGACAAAUACGACCCUCAUGAGCACGAACUCAUCUCGCACGUGCCCGCUGGCGUUGGUGUGCAGCCUGGCACCGUGGCCUUAGUCAGACAAGAUGGCUACAAGCUUCACGGCCGCACCAUCAGACUCGCCCAGGUGGAAGUGGCCGUGGAGGCCCAGAAGAGGCUCUGAACGGGCCCUCGGGGGCUGAGUCGGCUCCCAGUGUGCAGUCACCUGUGUUCCCUUUAUUUAUUAAGCUAGGUUUGUAUUGUACAUGAGGUACUUCAUGUGAUCUGUUUUGGAUUUAGUCAUAUUGGCUUGAUUUCUACGAUAAUCUCUUAAUUUCCUGGGGCCUGUUUGGUCCCGUCGGAUUAUUUUGCCAUCGGGCAUUUGAACAAAGUGGCAAGUGUGUGUAUCACCUUUGUCCUACUGCGCUUCAGAAAUUAAUUUUAAAUUGGUACUCUGCUGAUUUUUCAGAAUCUUUAAGAGGUGAAAAUGAGUAUAAGCGUAUGUAUUUUGACCUAAUUGUUCCUUCCUAAUAAUUUCUAUAAUGAGAAUUGAAUAGGAUCUUGUAUCUUGUGGGGAAAAAGAGAUGGUAAGGGGUUAGUUCAACAUUUGGUACUUGGGUGAUGAAUCUAAAUCUAAAUAAUGGAUUUAGAUUAUUGUUGAUUUUUAUAUACUAAUAGAUUUUCAAGGCUUUCUCUCUUUUUUACAAAUUACUCUUUGUGGGGUGGGGGCUUCGGUGCCACACCUGGCUGUGCUCAGGGCUUACUUUUGGCUCUGCACUCAGGGAUCACUCCAGGCAGUGCUUGGGAGAACCAUAUAGGGUGCCAAGAAUCAUACCUGGGUCAUCUGCAAGGCAGGCACCCUCCCUCCUUGCUGUACUAUCUCUUCAGCUCCAUCUCUUAGUGCCUUUUUUUUUUUUGGUUUGUUUUGGUCCCCUAGUCCCUACCAGAUAAACUUCUGUCCAGUUCCCAUUUAUAGGGUCAGACUAGACUUGGAAAGCAGGGAGCAGUAGAAAUUUGAGGUAUCCAAGUGGCUUUCAAGGAUGACUUUGUGCUCUUUGCUGAAUUUACGUUCAACUUAUUUUCAACCUCCCAUUUCUGGUGAAUGAGGCACCCCCAAUGAUCCAGUGAUCCAAACCAAUCUAGGCUACUUACCAAAGUUUCCUUUUCCCCCAGCCCUGCCAUUUAGUCAGAUUUCCCUUUUUCCUAUUUGAUGAUGUAAGGAGAGGAUUAGAACAAAGGUGUUAGGAUCCUAUAGUUUCUCAUUUAAUUCAGUUAUGUGGAUUUCCAUUUUUGAUACUCACCAAUUACUACCUCUGUUACAUAGACAAACUAUUUUGUAGUUUUUAUAGCGCAUGUGUAUAAACAUCUCACUCCCUUUUUUGCACUUUUAGUUUUUAGUUGUGUUUAUUUUUGUUGUUUUUUUUUCUAGUGUUCUGUAAAAGAUCUGUCCAAUAUAUGAGUAGGUAGAUGAAGUAAUCAGACAUUAGAAAGGAGGUCAAUCAUAUAUGUUUUAAUGUAGAAGAGACCUUGGUAAUAACCCAACCUUACCCUUUCAGCUUCUUCUGAAGCAUGAAAAUAUAUUGUUUUUUAGAAUUAGACUAAAAAAAAAACCUCUAAAAAUAGCUAAAAUUCACUGGGAACUUAAAAGUAAGGAGUAAUUACAUAGUAGCUUCCAUCAUUUAAAAUUAAACAGUUCUUAAAUGAACUUGCAAAUAUGUUCCCAGCAGACAGAAGAUAUCCAGGUUGCCUAGGUUUAAGCUUUUAGUUACCCACGAAAUAAUCUAUUUCUAGUGGCACUCUCCAAGCCACAUUCAGUAGAGUGGGGAGUCAGCCUUUUGAUGCGAUAUGUAAUCCCAAGACAAAACAUAGACAUCUCUAAUGGACCCUACCCUCUGCCAGAUUUAGACAUUUAAUAAUCCAUGCUUCUAAAUUGCAAACAGAAGACUGCCAAUAAGAUUUUAAAAUCAUAGCGACUCUUGAUACUCUGUUAAGCACUUAUGUAAACAUAUGCAGCCCCUAGACAGUAGGAAUUUGUUCCUUUUUUGCUUCAUUCCUUUGAGAUUAAACAGAAGGCACCAAGAAAAUGAGCCAUUUAUUUACAAUUACCCCUGUGUUCUUGGUAUACUGUCAGUACCAGUCCAUUAGAAUAACCAUCCUUUAAAAGUGUGAAAUAUGAUUGCUUGAGUUUUCUAAUAUUCCUUUUUAACUUCUUGUUUUAGGCUGAGAAUAAUCUUAGAUUCUUUCAUUAUUCAGUCGUUUCGCAGACUUGAUAUAUGAAGAUGGAGCUGUAGUAGUAACAGUCUCUAGAACUUGAAAGGCUUUACUGGAACUUGGGCAACCUCAAGGAACAUGGAGGUGGAAGGUUAUCACAUAACCCUGGCGACCAAAAGUUGCACCCCUCAGAGCUUAUUUGUUAGGUGGUUAGCAUUUUCUCACUGUCUUGUGAAGAUUUAAUGAAAUUUGUAAAUUGCAUCUUACAAUAGGCCCUCAAAUGUUUAUUUUUAUUAUAUUUUAUUUACAGGUUUUUUUUUUCUGUAUUUUACUGCUGCCUAAAAUUUAGGGGAAGACUGGUAAAGAAAGCGAUGCUUAAAAUUUCUUAAGCUAAUCGGAAUGACUAGUUUUCUUUCUGAUUUCUGGUGGUUUGGUUUUCACGUAAUUCCAUAGUUGUUAACAGAAGGAACAAGAAAAUUAUGUUGGUGCUAUUAUUUUUAUUGUGAUUGUUAAGUAAAAAGUCAUUGGCUUGGAGAUAACAUGUAAGAGAGCUUUGGAUCUCAUGAAGAGGGAAUCUUAGUGUCUUAAUCCUUGGAUCUAUAAAUCUCACACAGAUUUUCCUUGCUGUCAUAAAGGAAUGUCAGUUUGAUACCAAGUUAUUUGGUGCUCUUUCAUGAUACAGGACUUGAUAUAUGAACAUUAAAGAAAAAAAAAACCUCAAGGAUGAAAUAAAAUGUUCAGAAACAAUAAAACUCAAAUUGAAAUAAUUG